CACCCAAACUUCAGCUGAAUUCUCGACCAGACCACACCCACUCCUCACUCUUUGACCUCGACAUCAUGUCCAUACCCGUCUCUGCGCGCUCAGUCUUGAUCGUAGGGGCUGGACCAGGAGUAGGUGCCUCUGUGGCUCAAAAGUUUGCCAGCCUUGGACAUCCCGUAGCCAUCGCCUCUCGAUCCAAUCCUCAAUCCCUGGCCGAUUCCAUCAACUCUUCCCUACCCUCGCCGCUCGUCAAGGCAUUCUCGGUCGAUGCCACCUCUCCCAGCAGCGUUUCGCAGUUCGUGGCGGAUGCGAGCAAGGCUUGGCCCGAUGCGAAGCCGCACGUAGGCGUGUGGAACCCUACGGUCGGGUUUGGUUUCAAACCAUUCUUGAAGUGGACAGAGGCCGAGGUCAGGGAGGCGUUUGAGGGUCAAGUCAUCGGAGCCUUUACCUUUACUCAAUCGCUCCUUCAACUCUUUCUCGAUUCUCCUCUUCCCUCUUCUCCCCUGGAAUCGCGAGGCGUGCUGCUCUACACCGGCGCAACCUCUUCCCUCCGCGGCUCGCUCAACUUUUCCGGCUUUGCAGCUGCGAAAUCCGGCUUGAGGAGUCUGAUCCAGUCCGUCGCGCGCGAACACGGCAAGGAUGGGGUGCACGUGGCGCACUUUGUGAUCGAUGGUGUCAUCGAUACGCAACGCGUCAAGGGAUUCUUGGGCGAAGCUGAGCAUCCAGAAGAUCGCCUCGACCCAGAUCACAUUGCAGCAGAGUACACGCACGUCGCCAACCAGCCUCGCAGCACUUGGACGCACGAAGUCGACGUUCGCCCUGCUCGCGAGAAGUUCUGAAGCUGUUUUCCCCCAAGAUCUGCGUAUUGUUGUGCACGCCCUGGUAUCAGAGGCAAGGUCAAUGCGAUGAGAGUUUUGCACUCCUGA